AACGAGCGAGGUCCUGUGUAAAUAAUGGCAAAAUACUACAAACAAUAUGAUUCCGGGUGAACCGUGCCUACGCGCAGUCUGCCGCGGUCCCUUGCUUAGGUUACACCUAUUCAUUCAUAGAUGCAGUGAGAUUUGUUUGUUUACAAAAUGAAUGUCAACGGUCAUUCGUUUCUUAGUAAAGUGUUUAAUAUAGUAAAAGAAGAGUUAGGAGUAGAUGCGCCCCUUGUCAAGUUUGAGCACCCAAAGGAUUUAGAGAAAAUUCUCCAGCUAGACAUUUCAGAGGCUACAGACGAGAAGAGCUUAGAACAUUGUGUGCGUCAAGUGCUGCAAUACAGCGUGAAGACCAACAAGCCCACCUUCCGUAAUCAGCUGUUCGGGGCCACUGAUCCUUAUGGGCUCUCUGCUGCUUGGAUCACAGAGGCUUUCAACACCAGUCAGUAUACAUUUGAAGUAGCGCCUGCAUUCACCCUCAUCGAGACCAAAGUUCUGGGCCACGUCCUGAAGCUCUUCGGCAUCUCCGAUGGCGACGGCAUCUUCAGCCCUGGAGGCAGCUUGUCGAUGUUGUACGGCAUCGUUGCAGCCCGGUUCAGAGCCUAUCCCCAAGUCAAGACCAAGGGCAUGUGGGGUCUACCUCAGAUGGUGUUGUACACUUCUGAAGACAGUCACUAUUCAAUAAAGAAAGCCGCGCACUGGCUCGGCUUCGGUACCGACUGCAUACGUAUCAUAAAGACCAAUGCCAACGGCCGAAUGAUACCAGAAGAGUUGGAAGCGGCUAUUCUGAAAGAUAAGAAGGAUGGUAUGCAUCCCUUGAUGGUGAAUGCCACUGCUGGGACCACUGUCCUGGGAGCUAUCGACCCUCUGCCGGUCAUUGCCGACAUUUGCAAGAAGAACGCAGUUUGGAUGCACGUUGAUGCUUGCUGGGGCGGGAGUUUGAUAUUGUCUCGGAAGCAUAAAAUAAAGCUGAAUGGCAUUGAACGAGCAAACUCCAUAUCGUGGAACCCUCAUAAGAUGGCAGGAGCGCCACUCCAGUGCUCCCUAUUCCUGGUACGCGAGAAGGGCCUCCUCCACGAGGCGAACUCAGCCGCAGCGCAGUACUUGUUUCAGCAGGACAAGUUCUAUGACGUCAGCUACGAUACCGGGGACAAGAGCAUACAAUGCGGACGUAAGAUCGACGCAUUCAAAUUAUGGAUGAUGUGGAAGGCGCGCGGCGACGCCGGCCUCAACCAGCUCGCCGACCGCACUAUGCAGAUCGCUCAGUUCUGCCUCGACACUGUAGCAGCUCGCCCUGGGUUCAAGCUGGUGGUGGAUCAACUGCAGUGCCCCAAUGUGUGUUUCUGGUAUAUUCCCAAGCGAUACAGAAAAGAUAAGGAAAAUGAGGAGUGGUGGGAGAGGAUGCAUAAGAUUACACCGAAAAUCAAAGAAAGUCUAACGAGGAACUCCCUGCUAAUGAUAUCAUACUCUCCCCUGCGUGAGCACAAGAACUUCUUCCGUCUGGCCGUGACCUUCCACCCGGUGCUUGAGGAAGCCCAGGUCCUGAAGAUGUUAGCGGAUAUAGAACAAGCGGGGGAGGAUAUUACACUAGAUUGUUAGUAGAUUUAACAUAAACUUAAUAUAGAACUUCCUGCUAAUGUUGUCAUACCCUCCCCUGCCUGAGCACAAGAACUUCUUCGCUGUGGCUGUGACCCUCAACCCGUUGCAUGAGGAAGCCCAGGUCCUGAAGAUGUUCUGGGGGUAUAGAUCAAGCGGGGGAGGAAAUCACACUAGAUUGUUAGUAGAUUUAACCAUAUUAUAAACUUUUACCUCUGUUACGAUGAACUAGUUGGAUUAAAAAACUUAUGUCCAAAAUCUCAUUUAACAGAUUUUACCGAUACAUAAAACACAUAUAGAAAGAUAAAAAUGACAAUUGCAAAGAAGGGUUCCACACCUUUUUCACCAGUUACAAUUACUAAUUUUAAAUUUUGAAAUCAAAUAACUUUGUCACAUGUACAUUGGUUCACCUUUUCAUUUACGAUAUCUACAUAUUUCAUUUUAUAGAUUCAGAGGCUCUGAGGUGGGCUCUGAAUGCUCUUGAUUGAAAACAUUCGCUAUAAUAUAUUGUUAUAGAAAUACUCAUGAUAAUUUUUAAGAUAUAAUGAAAUGUUUUUUUCUAA